CUCUAAUAGCAGCUCCCUAUAGAAUCCGACAUUCCCGUGUCAUACAACUCUUCACUGGAUCUACAAGCUAUAACUGCAGUCAUACCAGCUAGCGUGCAGUCUGUGCAGCCUGCGUCUUUCGCUAUUCACUAUUCAUUUAUACCCCGCCCUACCAACAUCAAAUCGGGUCAGACUCCAGCAAACCGCGGCCAGUAGCAAAAUAUCUUCUACAUCAUGGCAUACAUGCCUCGUACUGCUUCCAUGCUCCCUCCUGGAGCCUCAGCCACAUCCUCAUAUCGUCAGCCAAACCAGCAAUCUACAACAAUUUCACAGCAACAGUCCUCUGUCCUAGCAACCCGCAUUGCAGCAAAAAGGGCUGAAUUGGAUAACUUGAGGCAACUUCGUGAUAUGAGUGCAGCACUGGCAUUGCAGAUGCAGGCUUUGCAGGGCAAGCUUGGAACUCUCAAGGAUGGCACAGAAGCUGUCGCUUGUGUUCUUGCAAAUUGGGAUAAUGUGCUGCGGGCCAUCAACAUGGCCUCGACGAAAGCUGCGAACUUGACCUUACCGCUGGAACAUACGCCAGACUCCACUACCCAAAAACCACCGAAUGACUCACCUAUGCCUGCUACUCUAGUGCGGAUCCCCGUUUUGAGGCAGGAAGAGCAGCCUGGCCUCUGAAUCAUUAAGUACGCACUAUUGGUUUGAGGCCUGCAUAUUAUGCGUCCACGGACGUCCUUUGGCAGGGAGCAAAGUGCCUGGGGACUGAGCCGAACUCGCAUUGGGUUAGCAGGUGAGCUGUCAUCUGCACGGUCGAGUAGAGUAACGGGAUCCACUGGAAUAUCAAUUACAAAAUGCUGGAUCGUCGCCUACAUACAAUUACAAACUACGAGCUGGACGUCGUGGAUCUUCUUGGCCAUCUCUGGCAUUGUUGGAAGCUAUAGGAUCGGAUGCAGAAAGUUACAGUUGUUUGUGGCAGGGGGGCUCUGACGCAGGAUGGGGGAAGGGGGCCGCUUUCUCAUUGCAAAUUGAGCCUCUCCUGGGGCUGUCGGAAUAUCGCGUAGGGGAACAGUGCCUUGGGGUAUGUUAUUUUGCCUAGAGGGGCGUUUGUCCGUGGAACGGUUUCCUCUUCUGGGUGACGAGCAGGAGCUCUCUCUCUCUCUCUCUCUCUCUCUUUGAUGGUUAGGC